GAACCAGACAGGCACAGACAAUACUGAAGGGGGAUUAUUCACAGUACCGGGAAAACUGAUAAACAGCUUCAAAGGUGUGAGGUUAAAGUGGCCAGUUAUAUACUUCUUUUUUAUUAAUUUAUUUGCAUUUAUUUUGUUUUUACAGAGACAAACAUUGUUUCAGAGACAGAUAAUGCACUUAACGUGACAGUGACAGGAACAGAACAUACACAUCAAAACUAUUUUGAUUACAUCAAUUAUCCAUGACUACCUUAAGGCAAAGACGUGUUUACAGGUGCGGGUCAGACAGAGGAGAGAGCGUCUGGGUGUGGAACAAUGGCCGGGUUAGCUGACACCAUUGUGAUGCCGGCUCUGGGCCGCCCGUUCCAGCUGGGGAUGCUGUACGACUGCCGCAGUGACUCCCUCAUCCCAGGGAUCACGCUGUGGGACCUGGAACAGCUUCUCAAGGAUGUAAACACAAAACCACAACCCUGGGUGAACUGUGAGAUCAUCGCAUCCGACACCAUUGAAGAGAAGGCCAAUGCACUCAAUGUCACAGCCUCGCUGAAGGCCAGUUUCCUGGGGGGGUUGGUUGAAGUAAGUGGAUCUGCCAAAUACUUAAAUGAAACCAAAAAAUCCAAACAACAGGCCAGAGUUACUCUCCAGUACUCUGCCACAACAAAGUUUGAGCAACUAACUAUGAACCAUUUAGGAGCAAAGAAUGUCUCUUACCCUGCUGUGUUUGACCAAGGCACGGCCACCCAUGUAGUCACGGCUGUGCUGUACGGGGUUCAGGCUUUCUUCGUGUUUGACCGAGAAGUUUCUUCUUCUGAGAAAGUACGUGAGAUAGAGGGAAAGCUCCAGAUUGUGAUGAAAAAGAUAUCCAUGGAAGAGGAAGGAGCUGUCAAAAUGGAUGAAAAGGAAAAAUUAAAUGCUGAAAAUAUUAACUGCAAGUUCCAUGGUGAUUUUGCACUUGAGAAAAAUCCAACUAAUUUCCAAGAUGCCAUGAAAAUUUAUUCCACUCUCCCAAAGCUGCUGGGUGACAGUGGGGAGAAGGCCGUACCAGUGAGAGUCUGGCUGUACCCACUGACCAAGCUGGAUUCCAGAGCUGCUCGGCUGGUGCGUGAGAUCAGUUUAUCACUGAUUUCUGAUGCUCAGACUGCUAUGGAGGAACUGGCAGAAAUAAACAUGCGAUGCAAUGACAUGAUGAAGAAUCCAAUUGCCACAAGCUUCCCCGAAAUCAAGCUGAAAAUCGAGCAAUUCAGAGAUCUGUGUAAGAAACACAGACAGACUUUCCAGAAACAGCUAGCAGGACUCUUACCAUUAAUCCGUGGAGGUGGAAAAGAGGAAGGGGCUCUGAAGGAUAUUUUAUUGUGUAAAAACCAGUCACCGUUCAAUACCCAGCAACUCAGUGAAUUUCUGGAUACAAAGGAGAAAGAGAUGAAUUAUGUCAAUUCCUACCUUAGGAUCCUAAGCAAUGUAGAAGUGGUGUCCUCCCAGAGUAAACUAGAUGAAAUAGUACUUGACCCUGAGCGUGACUUCAUCGUCUCCUUUACAUUCACCUCACUGCAUGAAGAGGAGCCAUAUUUAUCCGAUUUAAAACAAUGGCUUCAGAACCAGUUUAUAAAGGAAACUCAUGAUCCUGCAUCAGCCAGUUCUGUUACUGAGAAACCAAAAUCCAAAGUUUGGUUUGAGGAAAAAGAAAUAUAUCAAAAAGCUCGAAAAUCUUCCAAGUCCCUUUCACAUUUUGUCAGUGUCAACAAACCUAACAGGAAGACUCGGUUCAUUGUGGCCUCUGUUCCAGACAAGGACAAUCCAGGUGUUUCCAUUUACCUGUAUGAGGAGGGAGAGCUGAUCAGCACCAACUUUGAGCCUCCAUCAAAGCCUCUUCCUCCCCUGAUUGGUGGAAUCAGACAUGACCAUGUGCAGCUCACAUUUAACCCAACAGCCUAUGGCAGGGCUGCGUUAUCUGGCUAUCGGGCAGAGUACAGAAUUGUUGGGCAGGAGAACUGGACGGCUGUGAAUGUAAAUAACACACAAGUGACAUUCACAGUAACAAGACUACGUGCAAACACCGAGUACCAGUUCCGAUACGCUGCAGUGAGCAAACCAGGGCUCAGCGAAAGCAGCGACGGGAGUGAUCCUGUGAAGACUCUUCCUACCUGUCCUCCUGGGAAGCCGGAAAAAGCUACUGUGGAAUCAUCAGCCAUCGCUCUCACCUGGGAGAGUCCCAAUGUCAUUGGAGAUGGAGUCAGUAUAAGGGCAUAUAAGGUGGAAUAUAAAGAGGAAGCUGGAGGUGAGCAGAAAGAAAAAUGGCUGGAACGAAGGACAGGAGAUAGAACUGGAUCUUGUACCAUUGAUGGACUGAGGCCUGAGACACCCUACAGAUUCCGAGUGUCGGCUGUGUGUGCGGAUGGGACUGUGAGCGACCCAAGCGAGGAGGUUAUUGUUUCAACACAAACAAACAAAGACUCAAAUAAAUUAGCAAGCUCUUUCCGCAAAAACAGCAAGCUCAUAAAAGAAGAGCAGCUGUCAGUCUAUGCCCUUCCAUUAAAGAAGGUAGCAUUGGAUCCUAUGUCAUCUUAUGUGAAGUACAGACUUGGAGAAAAGACACAUCAGGUCCAUAAUAAAGUCAUUAUGGUGAUGGGAGCAACCGGAUCAGGGAAAACCACACUCAUCAAUGGGAUGAUCAACUAUAUCCUGGGUGUGCAGUGGGAAGAUGAAUUCAGAUUCAAACUAAUCCAUGAAAUUACAAACAGAAGCCAAGCCCAGAGCCAGACAUCUGAAGUGACUGCCUACGAGAUCAAUUACAAAGAGGGCUUCAAAGUCUCCUAUUCCCUGACUAUAAUAGACACCCCAGGAUUUGGUGAUACCAGAGGAAUUGAACAUGACAAAAAGUUAACUGAGCAGAUCCGAGCAUUUUUUUCCACUCCAAGGGCCAUUGAUCAGAUAGACACUGUCUGCUUUGUAGUUCCCUCCUUAGCUCGCUUGACACACGCCCAGAAGUAUGUGUUUGACUCAGUCCUCUCUAUCUUUGGGAAGGAUAUAAAAGACAAUAUACAAAUCCUGAUCACCUUCUCAGAUGGACAGACACCCCCUGUUCUACAGGCCAUUAAUGAGUCUGAGGUGCCUUGUUCUAAGGAUGUUCAGGGUGUCCCUGUUCAUUUCAAAUUCAACAACUCCGCACUGUUUGCCAACAAUGUUGGAGCUGGCAAGGACCAUUUGAAAUUUGAUGCAAUGUUCUGGGAAAUGGGAGCAAUCAGCAUGGAGACUUUUUUUAAGUCCUUAACAUCUUUAAAGACUAAAAGUUUAACAUUAACCCAGGAAGUUCUCUGGGAACGAAAGAAGCUUGAGGUUGCUGUGCAAGGGCUGCAGCCACAAAUCAAAGCUGGCCUGACAAAGCUAGAGGAGCUAAGACAGACUGAGCGAGCUCUGCAGCAGCACAGGGGUGAUAUGGAGGCCAAUAAAAACUUUGAGUAUGAGGUAGAACAAACAGUGGCAGUGAAAGAAGAUAUCAGUGGCACAGGUGUGUUUAUAACAAACUGCCAGGUGUGUCACUUCACAUGUCACGGUAAUUGUAUAUAUGCUAAUGAUAACGACAAGUACAAAUGUUGUGCUAUGAACGGUUCUGGAAAUUGCAGGAUUUGCCCUGGUAAAUGUGUGUGGAACAUUCACUUCAAUCAAAUGUACAAGUGGAGAUAUGAAGUCAAAAAAGAGAAAAAAACCUAUGCAGAGCUGCAGGAAAAGUACAAAAAGGCCUCUGAUGAGCUGAUGACUACAGAGAAGGUUAUCAAGAGGCUGUGUGAGGAAUACACUGAAGUAGCAGAGAUAGUGCUAGAGCUCAUUAAGAGAUCAUCUCUCAGCCUCCGACGCCUCCAAGAAAUUGCCUUAAAACCAAACCCACUGUCCACUCCAGAAUACAUUGACCUGAUGAUCAUGUCAGAAGAGCAGGAAGCGAAGUCUGGGUACCAGGAACGCAUAAAAUCGCUGAGGGAGGUGAGAGAACAGGCUGUGAUAAUAACCAAGAUCGCCAAAAACGAGGACUUGCUGCCAGCAGAGAUGGAAAAGUACAGGAAGCAUGAAACACAAGAGAGGGGAAUCAUGAAAAAAGGCGAGAAGAAUAAAAAAGCGUAUGAUAGGGUAAGAGAUUGGUGGUCUGAUGGAAAAUAGCCUACAGUGAAUCCCCUCACACCUGAAACAUGAAAGCCUGUAAAACAAGCACAUUUUUCAGCUUUUAUUCAGGAAUGGGGACUUCUGCUAUUUUUACAUUCCAGCUGUAUAGAUAUUUGGAAAAUGGAUCUUUAUGUCAUAGAUUUUAAAGCCAGAAGUGCCCAUUAGAUCAGGAGUUCUCAAACUUUCUUUUUUUAAACUGGCCCACCCCUUGAAAAUAUUCCAGGCUGUGAUGACUCCUCCCCCCACCCCACCCCACCCCAUCCCACCCCGAAAAAAGUGGUACUCAUCACUGAAACCAGCUGCCACUGCUCACUGACCACCCAGCUCUGAAAGCAGCACUGCCUCCUGUCAUAGUAUUCUUUCCUCAAUCUGAACCUUAGCGUCCAAA